AUGGACUCGGAGCGAUCAAGGAGACCAGAGCCGGCGACAGCGCUCGCUCGCCAUGGCCGUCCCGCCGGUCGCACUUUUUGUGACACGAUGGCAACGAUAAUACAUGGAGCUUCGUUUGAUCAAUCGAUCGCAUGUCAAUGGACACACGACUCAGCAGCCCGACCCGCCGGCCACAUGCAAACACGCCGUCGCUUCAAACAUGGACAGAAGGCUCGCGACGAUCGACAGCACCAGGACACACACCGACACGAACAGAACGACGCCACCGACAACGGGGUAGCUCCCGCCCGUCGCUUUCAAGUGCGCGACGGCGGCCUUUUGCGACGGCAGCAUCCACACAAACAAGCAGCUGACGACGGUCGUGCCGUACGUGAUCAAGUACGUGUACGCGACCUGGUGGCGAACGUGGAGCGAAUCGUCUUGGAUGUCCGUGGACGACACGUCAAAGUGGGCGCAAUAGAUGUUGGUCAGCACCGACCCGAAAAUGCCCGGGAGGUUGCCCACGGUCGUGAGGAGGCCGUACACGAUGCCUUCGUUGCCGUCUUCGGCCAGCUCGACAAUCACAAACACGUUGACGGCCCAAUUGAUGCCGGCCGGGAGCUGUUCCGUCAAUGGUACGCCCAAGUAGAACCACUGAUUGCGCACAAUGUCGUAGAUGGUGAGGAACUGAACCACAGCGUCGAUGGCCGUGCCGACGACGGUCGUGGCGACGAUCACGGCGCGCCAGUUCCACUGGGUCCCGUACCGGCCCGUCGCGGCCAACACGGCGGCCAAAAUCAUGUGGCCCAACACCCCGAUCACCGCGUUGUUGAUCGACUCGACUUUGGCCCAGUGGUAUUUCACAUAUGGCGCCGCCGUCGUCGUCAUGUUGGACCCGAGCAGCGACGAAAAGAAGCUGUAGAGCAUCACUUGCCACACGGCGCGCUUCUGGACAAGUUGCCAGAACUGGCGCAGGUACGGGCGAAGCGGCAAGGCCGGUCGCUUGGCAUCGCGGACACCCCAGUACGUGAUGGGAAUCACCGCCAGGUUGGUCAAGGCCAGACAUGCAAACAUGCCAUUCAUCCCCAUGUCCCACGAAAACCGCCCGCCGUACGGUGGCGAGUUGAGGCAAAACCCCACGAAACACGUUGA